CACUUCUCAAUAUCUCCCCUUACCCUUUCCCCUCAGCACUUAUUAUCUGUUCUUUGUUUUCUGCAAUUGUUCUUCCUCCUCAGAAACCCACCUCUGAAAACCCAAGAAAUUUUCACCAUGGCAAUCACAGAAUCCAAGUUCCAGCAAAACCCACCUCUGAAAACUCCUCUGAAAACCCAAAAGAUUUUUCUUGGAGUCCAAAUCUUCAUGAGGACUGUCACAGUGGCUGCUACAUUGGCUGCAACUUGGUUGAUGGUCACCAACAAGCAGACCAGUCAGAUUAUUGGCAUAGAAUUUGAUGCUCGUUAUUAUUAUUCACCUACCUUCAAGUUCUUUGCUUAUGCAAAUGCUGUUGUGAGUGCCUUCUGCUUGCUCUCCUUGUUCCUCGUUUUUCUUAUCCACCGCAAUGGCUCGAAUCCCGCCAACUACUUCAUCUUGUUCCUGCACGAUUUGGUGAUGCUGUGUUUGUUGAUGGCUGGAUGCUCGGCUGCAACUGCAAUAGGGUACGUGGGACAAUAUGGGAAUAGCCACUCGGGCUGGGCACCAAUUUGUGAUCACUUUGGCAAGUUCUGCAAAAGAGGGACUGAUUCAGUGGUUCUCUGCUACUUGUCUGUCGUUUUCUUGCUCAUGCUCACCAUCAGCUCUGCAGCCAAGUCUGGAAAGAUUUAGGUUUUGAUCCUCUCGUUAAGUUGUUGUAGUAAAAGAAGAAAGAGUUUUUUUUACUUAUUUUUGUUGUAAAAAUAAUGAGUGUGAUGGAGGUGGUGGACCUUUGUGGAAGUUGCACUGUGAUAUCUAAGAAUAUAUUGGGCUAGAGUCGUCCCAAUACAAACUGAGGUCUAAGACGAGAAUUUAACGAGACAUUUCUAAUUUGAGCCCUCGUGUUAUCGAACCCACUCCCCUAACAUGAGUUUACCAAAAGCACUUAGUUCGUGAGUUAGAUCAGUUGGUAAAAGCAAUGUUCAUCACUUUGAACCAAAACUCGAAUUCUCUACUCCAUAAUUCAGAAGCAUAAACAGUUGAACUCACUUUUGGUUGUUAGCUUCUAAGUUUAGGGGAGCUUAUGGAGAGGUCAAAUUCAUUGAUGAUGUCAUUGCUAACUAGGGUCACCAAGCAUUUUCUAGGACCAUGCUAUUCAUACAGCUGCUAGAAACGCCUCCUUUUUGGCUGUAUUAACUCCGAUAGUUCUACAAGUUCUCUGUAAUUGUCGUCCUACAAGUUCAUAUUCCACUAGGUACCCCAGAAUCUAAUUGGCAUAUUGCACAUAAACGACAAUAACAUGGGUGCCGUUCUUAGGAUAGAGGCGAGCUACUAAUCCCACAUCGAGCAAAAGACUUUUUUCAAUAGCCUUUAUAUAGCAUUCACCUGCAAGCAUACUUGUCCCUUCGGGGACAUCCGAUAAAAUUGGAACGAUACAGAGAAGAUUAGCAUGGCCCCUGCGCAAGGAUGACACGCAUAAAUCGAGAAAUGGUCCAAAUUUUU